UUAACAAAAAGAAAACUUCCGCUCUUCUCUCUCUCUCUCUCUCAACACAUAAGUCAAGUCAGCAACCGUCUUCUCUCUCUCAACGCACAAGUCAGCAACCGUCUUCUAUCUGACAGCUCUUCGUUUAGGUGUUUCCAAUGCGCCGCUUUUGAAUUAUCCGAUUGAGGAGUGAAUUAUCUCUUCUUCGCUCUCGCGAAAUCUUCAUUUCCCUAGGGAGAAUAUGGCUAUGGAAGUCACCCAAGUUCUUCUGUGUGCACAAGCAGUCGAUUCAACAGUAAGGAAACAUGCAGAAGAAACCUUGAAACAGUUUCAGGAGCAAAAUCUUCCUGCGUUCUUAUUAUCACUUUCUGGAGAGCUUGCUAGUGAGGAGAAGCCUGUUGAAAGCCGUAAACUAGCAGGUUUAAUUCUUAAAAAUGCAUUGGAUGCAAAGGAACAGCAAAGGAAGUAUGAACUGGAGCAAAGAUGGCUAUCACUGGACAUGGCUGUGAAGAGCCAGAUCAGGGCAUUCUUGUUGCAGACGCUCUCCUCUACUUCACCUGAAGCCAGGUCAACGGCAUCACAAGUCAUUGCAAAGGUUGCAGGUAUCGAACUGCCUCAGAAGCAAUGGCCUGAGCUCAUAGGUUCCCUCUUGUCAAAUGUUCACCAGGUUCCUCCUCAUGUUAAGCAAGCAACCCUUGAAACACUUGGAUAUAUGUGUGAAGAAAUUGUUCCAGACUUUAUUGACCAAGAUCAAGUGAAUAAGAUACUUACUGCAUUGGUUCAAGGCAUGAAUGCAAAUGAAGGUAGUACAGAAGUCCGGCUUGCUGCCACUAGAGCUUUAUAUAAUGCUCUCGGAUUUGCCCAAGUUAAUUUUUCUAAUGAUAUGGAACGUGAUUACAUUAUGAGAGUUGUUUGUGAGGCCACACUCUCAACAGAGGUUAAAAUUCGGCAGGCUGCAUAUGAGUGUUUGGUUUCUAUUGGGUCAACAUACUACGAUAAAUUAGCUCCAUAUAUUCAAGAUAUUUUCAACAUCACAUCAAAAGCUGUCAGAGAAGAUGAGGAACCGGUGGCUCUCCAGGCAAUUGAAUUUUGGAGCUCAAUUUGUGACGAGGAAAUUGUUCUUUUGGAUGAGUAUGGAGCUGAGGUUACAUCAGAUUCUGACGUUCCUUGCUAUUAUUUUAUAAAGCAGGCACUCCCCGCGCUUGUUCCAAUGUUAUUGGAGACACUUCUUAAGCAAGAAGAAGAUCAAGAUCAGGAUGAAGGCUUUUGGAAUAUUUCAAUGGCUGGUGGAACAUGCCUUGGUUUGGUGGCCAGAACAGUUGGUGAUGACAUUGUACCGCUUGUAAUGCCGUUCAUUGAAGAAAACAUUACUAAAGCUGAUUGGAGGCAUAGAGAAGCUGCCACCUAUGCAUUUGGUUCAAUAUUGGAAGGUCCCUCACCUGACAAACUAACCCCUAUUGUGAAUGUUGCUCAAAAUUUCAUGCUCGCUGCUUUGACUAAAGAUCCAAAUAACCAUGUAAAGGAUACAACUGCUUGGACCCUGGGUCGAAUAUUUGAGUAUCUCCAUGGCUCAAUUGCAGGGACACCCAUUAUUACGCCAGAAAACUGCCAGCAGAUAAUCACUGUUCUCCUUCAGAGCAUGAAAGAUGCUCCUAAUGUGGCUGAGAAAGCUUGUGGUGCUCUCUGUUUUCUAGCCCAAGGAUUUGAGGAUGUGGGCUCAACAUCACCUUUGACACCUUAUUUACAAGAAAUCGUCCAGUCCCUUCUAAAUGUCAGUCACAGAGAGGAUGCUGAGGAAUCAAGACUUCGGACAGCUGCCUAUGAGACUUUAAAUGAGGUAGUGAGGUGCUCCACCGAUGAAACAGCCCGCUUAGUAGUGGAACUUGUUCAAGUCAUCAUGACUGAACUUCACAACAGUCUUGAAGCACAGAAAUUUUCAUCUGACGCGACAGAAAAGCAGAACGAUUUGCAUGGCCUUCUUUGUGGGUGCUUACAAGUCAUAAUCCAGAAAUUGGGGGCUUCCGAAACCACUAAAUAUGCCUUGAUGCAAAAUGCCGAUCAGAUUAUGAAUCUUUUCCUACGAGUAUUCGCAUGUAGAAGUGCCACUGUCCAUGAGGAAGCAAUGCUUGCCAUAGGUGCUCUUGCCUAUGCGUGUGGUCCUAACUUUGCAAAGUACAUGCCAGACUUUUACAAGUACCUAGAGAUGGGACUUCAGAAUUUUGAGGAGUGCCAAGUCUGUGCUGUCACUGUUGGCGUUGUGGGGGAUAUCUGCAGGGCAUUGGAGGUUAAGAUUCUGCCUUACUGUGAUGGAGUGAUGACUCUGCUUCUCAAAGAUUUGUCAAGCAACCAGUUGCAUCGGUCUGUGAAACCUCCAAUCAUUUCUUGCUUUGGAGACAUAGCACUAGCUAUUGGAGAAAAUUUCGAGAAGUAUUUCAUGUAUGCUGUGCCAAUGCUUCAGAGUGCUGCAGAAUUGUCUGUUCACGCAUCAGGUGCUGAUGAUGAAAUUAUCGAGUAUACUAAUCUUCUAAGGAAUGGGAUUUUAGAGGCAUAUUCUGGGAUACUUCAGGGUUUCAAGAACUCUCCGAAAACCCAACUCCUAAUUCCGUAUGCUCCUCAUAUCCUGCAAUUCCUGGAUAGCUUGUGUCUUGAACAAGAUAUGGAUGAUAUUGUGAUUAAAGCUGCUAUUGGUGUCCUUGGAGAUCUAGCAGAUACUCUGGGAAGUACUGCUGGUACUCUCAUUCAGCAAUCUCUGUCAAGCAAAGACUUUUUAAAUGAAUGCUUGUCUUCCGAUGACCAUUUGAUUAAAGAAGCUGCUGAGUGGGCAAGGCUCGCCAUUAGUCGUGCUAUAUCCAUUUGAGGUGGUGUUCACUUGGUUCAUAUUACUUACCUGCAUUCAAUUGGUCGUGUCAAGAUAAGGUCAAAAGUUAGACAUUCAGUUGCUGAAAUAUACACCUCUCUUAUAUGGCGGAGGAGAUGGCACGAUGCACCAUCCGCUGCUCAAGGCGUAUGUUAUCGGAAGCUGGAUAUUAUCCUCACAACUAUUAUACAGAAGUUCAUCAUAGACGGAAAAGGAGAUGAACUGCGUGAACCAAUAACCAAAGAAGAAGUCUUGGCUGAGGUGGGGUCGCGCGGGGGUCGGCCGACCCCACCGGCGGUCCACCGAACACUGCCGGAAAACAUCAUCUUCGACCUUUGACCUGGUGCAGUUCCGUCUCCGACCCCACGGCCAGCUUCAACUCUACCCGAAGCCUUCCGCCUUUUCCAAAAACUAAGAGGAGAAAGGAACAAUACUAAUAAGAAUAGAGUAGAGAUAGAUAAGGGGAGGGGUUGCAGAAGAAGCUGAUGUAUUCUCAACGAAUAAGAUGAACAGAGAGGUUAAUAUGAUUUUUGGGCUGAGGAGUGGUUAAUACUCCUAUUGAUUGUUGGGUUAGAAAAUCUAUAAGUAAAAAAUCUAAUUGAUUGCCUCUGGUCA